AUGUCUCGCAAAUUUCUGACCUACGGUGGUAUUACUGCUCUUGGUGGAGCGACUUACUACCUCUACAGCGCUGGAGGCGACCCGAAGCUUGCCGAGAAGAAAGCAGAACACGAUGCGGCGACUGCUGCGCGCAGACUGAGAGGCGACUACCCUGGCCAGGACAAGGAAGCGAAGAAGGCAGCUGAGGAGGGUUACGAGGCAGUACGCGCUACCGCACAACAAUACGCCGACCAAGCCAAGGCGGAGGCGAACAGACUGGAGAAGAGGUUCGAUGCUUACAGCGCCGACGCGAAAAAGCAGUACGAGCAUGCAAAGGUGCUUGCUGAACAAGAGCUGCACCAAGCCGGCAAGCAGGUCAACGCAGCGGCAAACAAGUUUGAUGCCGUCGUCGAGGACAAGGCGGCAAAGGCAACGGGCUGGUUCGGCGGCUGGUUUGGUGGAAGCAAGUAA